GGUAGCCAGUCAGUCGGCGAGGCGUCGAGCUGGAUAGAACCUCUCACUUUCUACUUCUCGUUCCAGGAGAACACUGAGGAUCUUCGGUGCUUUCCCGCCUUGGCUUCGCGCAGACAUCGCUCCUGACGGGAACUUGAGGAACACAAACCGCGGGAAAGGGGACGUUUUCCCCCCUCAAGUGUGUGGAAACUUCCCGGCUUACAUUGCCCACGUUUGGAGAGACUUGAUCCUUGGAUGGAGCAGACUCACUUGACGCAAACUCUUGUGAGCCGAAAGAGAGGGAUCGUUGCGUCAAAUUGAUCGCCUAGUUUGCACGUGAGGGACGGAGGACGACGAGUAGUACCACCAGUAGUAGUACCAGUAGUAGUAUUACUAGUAGCAGUCCAGGGACCCCCACCACCACCAGCCCACCAGUCACAUCUGCACUCCGCUCAAGUGGGAUUUGCGCAAGUUUGCAUGCUCGCUCUUUGUGUGCGGUUGUAAGAGAAGAGCCGCAGAGUUGAGGUGCAAUGGCGCAGCUGUGUGCGGGGAUUUACGUGCUCCUCCUGGCGCUGCACGUCCAAGACGGCAGCGCUCAGAUGGUCCAGAUGGACUCGAGUAAGUCGGGCUUUGUUGGCUCCCAGGUGGAGCUGCGCUGCAUCUUCAUCAACAGCAGCCCGCCGGUGAAGAUCUCCCAAGUCACCUGGCAGAAGCUCCUUAACGGAACCAAGCAGAACGUGGCCAUCGCCAACCCGGCCCUGGGCGUGUCCGUCCUGUCGCCCUUCAAGGAGCGGGUCAGCUUCAAGCAGGCGGCGGUCCGUCACCGCACGCCCUCGCUGGAGGACACCACCAUCGUCUUCUCCAACCUGCAGCUGCACGACGAGGCGGCGUACAUCUGCGAGUACACCACCUUCCCAGCCGGCAACCGCGAGAACAUGGUCAACCUCACCGUCUUUGCCCGCCCUAUGACCCGCAUGACCUUGACCACGCCCACCAUCGUGGCCAGGGCCCAGCGCCGCAAGAUGACGGUGGCCACCUGCGUGUCGGCCAACGGGAAGCCCCCCAGCGUCAUCAAGUGGGACACCAGGCUGAAGGGGGAGGCCACCUUCCAGGAAACCCGCAACCAGAACGGCACGGUGACGGUGCGGAGCAACUACGUCAUCGUACCGGGCCGGGAGACGCACAAGCAGAAGCUGACGUGCAUCGUGACGUAUCGCAACGAGAGGUUCGCCGACAGCGUGGUGCUCAAUGUGCAGUAUGAACCCGAAGUGAAAAUCGAAGGCUUUGAUGGCAACUGGUACCUGAACCGUCAGAACGUCCAGCUGACCUGCAGGGCCGAUGCCAACCCCCCUGUCACCAUCUACCAGUGGAAGCUCUUGAACGGUUCACUGCCGAGCAACGUGGAGAUCAGGAACAACAGCCUGUUUUUCAAGGGUGCCGUGACCUACGACCUGGCCGGCACGUACGUGUGCGACGCCACCAACGGCAUCGGAACGCGCACCGGCAUCGUUGACGUCAACAUCACAGAGAAGCCAAUGGCGCGGGGUCCCCCGGGUGGCGUUAUCGGGAUCCUGGGAGGCAUCGUGGCCAUUGGCCUCAUCAUCGGCGUGGCCGUUACUGUGGUCAUGGUCCAUCGCCGCCAGCAGAAGACCCGCACAGAGACAGAUAACGACCUCAUCGCCGUUGCGGCUGUAGCUGACAGUUGCGUGACACAGGCUGCAGAGAAGCCAGAGUCCGCCACAAGGACCGACCUCCCACCGGCGCACAAGCCCGCCCCUCCCCCGCCCAAGAAGAAGAACAGUGACAUGAAGGGACACUUGACGUCUGAUGACAUCCAGGUGGUCCAUCUGGACAAAGACGAGGAGAUGCAGAAGCUCCCGCUCCAGCCACCUUAUUACGACAUGGCGCCCUCUGAGUCCACCCCCUUCACCGAUAAGCCGGACUCUGGGAAACAUCCGGAAGAGCCGCUGAACCCCGCCGAGUACAUGAGCCACCAGCGCGACAUGGAGCACCUGGCCGAGUCUCAGCCCGCCCAAGCCCACCCGCCCGUCACCUUCCUGCCCCAGCACGCCUACGCCCAGCCCCCCUCCAACGAGCCCAUGUACUCCAACACCGGCUUCUCCGCCCCUGGCUCCCGACCGCCUUUCCCCAAGGAGCAGUCCGUGUGACAGGGUGGCGUUUCCCGCCUCUCCAACCGGUCAUAAGGUUAAAACCCCGCCUCCUGCCAGCCUUGUGCCCCGCCCUGCUUGUUUCCAACUUCAGUGCUUUUCUACUUCCUGUGUACAACGUUUGUUAGCACCUUCCUCACUAGCUAGUCGUCACCGUUGCUUUUCUCUUUCUUUCCGUGUCUGUCAAUCAAAUCGCUUGCUUGCCUCCUGGAAAGUCGACUGUAGUGUGCGUUUGCUCCGGUGUGUUCUUGUGAAAAUAUGAAGAAUAAUAAACAAAAAAAAGAUUGUUCUCUGAUGACGAACCCUUUGACUUGCCAGGAUUAUUAUGUGAUGGUGAACCCUUCGUCGCUUGGCUGUUUUUGAUGGACGUUUUGGCUCGUUAGAAGUGAAUGUUAGCACAAUUAGCUAGCAGGAAACACACGCGCACACAAUCAUGAGGAAAAAAAAAGGGCUUGCGAUUCGAGACUAUCUCUUGUUCCAGUUCUUUUUAUGAAAUAAAAUCAAGUAUUUCCUAGCAGUAGCUGCCAAAGACACGUAGCGCCAUUGUAGUUUAGCUCCAUUGUCCAACGAGAGGUGAUAAGAUCUUUGAUUGGUGACGCACGGUGCUCGGCUUUUCAUAUCUGUCAUUUGUGUUGAUGCCGAGGAAGACAAUCACUGUCCUUCAAGCUUUGUUUCCACCAAGCAGCACACUUUGGUUCUUUUGCGUUGGUAAAAUAUAUGUAGCACUUUUUCAGCUGCUAACAAUGAGUAUUGGAACGAGAAGCAAGUGUAAUAUGGGGAAGCGCAUUGUUUUAUUUUUGUAGAGUCGGUGCAAAGCGUUUCAAGUCCCCAGACGGCUGAAAAGUUAUCACGAAACAUUGAUGUGACAAUCGGUUGUACCUCACAUUAUCACCAUCGUCCUGUGUGAGCAAUGCUACCUUCAUUAGCUUCCAGUCAUUAGCUUCAGCUUUACCUCCCAUUUGCUGGCACUGCCUGAGUUGGGAUUUAAAAAUCCCGCUUCUAAAAUCAUAACAAUGCGUGUCAAGCUGUACGAGGCUGAGCUGGACACUGAAGCGGACCGCUUCUUGGUGGAAUCGUGGCUGACUGGCGAGAGAACCUAAAACUGUUAGAAAAAAGCCUCCAUCUGUGACUUGAUUUUUGUGUUUGUUUUGAAUAAUAAUUUCAUCGCUAAAGUCAGCAGCCUCACCAGAAAAAAGCCUGCCACUGUACAAAGCACUUGAUUGGAUACCAUACAUAAGCUAGCAUCACACAUACUGUACACUACUUACUGUACUUACACUAUAGUACUUACUGUACAUACAUAAGCUAGCAUCACACAUACUGUCCACUACUUACUGUACUUACACUAUAGUACUUACUGUACAUACAUACUGUAAGCUAGCAUCACACAUACACUACUGACUGUACUUACUGUACAUAAAUAACCUAGCAUCACACAUACACUGCUUAUUGUACAUACAGUACAUACAAUACUUGUAGUACAUACAGUAUAGUACAUAGAGUACAUACAGUACAGUACAUACAGCAGAUAAAGUACAUACUGUACAUACAAUACAGUACAUACAGUAUAGUACAUACAGUGCAUACAGUAUAGUACAUAGAGUACACACAAUACAGUACAUACAGUAUAGUACAUACAGUACAGUAUUUACAUUACUUACAGUACAUUACAUAAAGUAGAUACAGUACAUAAUGUAUACAGUACAUACAGUACAAACAGAUACACUACAUACAGCAUACAGUACAUAGAGUACUUACAGUACAUACAGUAUAUACAGUGUAUAUACAGUAGAUACAGUAUAUACAGUACGUUAAUACAGUAUUUACAGUAUAUGGAGUAGUGUACAGUACAUACAGUAUAUACAAUACAUUGCAUACAAUAUAUACAGUACAGUACAUACAGUAGAUACAGUACAUUACAUAUAGCAUUUACAGUACAUACAUUAUAUAGAGUAGUUACAAUGUAUAUACAGUACAGUACAUACCGAAUAUACAGUACAUACAGUAGAUACAGUAUAUACAUUACCGUACACACAGUAUUUACAGUACAUACAGUAUUUAGACUACAGUACAUACAGUAUAUACAGUACUGUAUUAGAUACAGUAUAUACAGUAUUUAGACUACAGUACAUAAAGUAUAUACAGUACAUACUGUAUUUACAGUACAGUCCAUCAAGUAUAUGCAGUACAUACAGUAUAUACAGUACAUACAGUAUAUACAGUACAGUAUAUACAGUGUAUAUACAGUAGAGUACAUACAGUACAGUACAUACAGAAUUUACAGUAUAGUACAUACAGUAUAUAGAGUACAUAUAGUAUUUACAGUACAGUAUAUACAGUGUAUAUACAGUACAGUACAUACAGUAUAUACAGUACAGUACAUACAGAAUUUACAGUAUAGUACAUACAGUAUAUACAGUACAUAUAGUAUUUACAGUACAGUAUAUACAGUGUAUAUACAGUACAGUACAUACAGUAUAGUACUUAAAUAAAUAAAGCCCUCCUCACAAAGCAAAUUGGAGUGACGUGUACUGUUUGUGUGUAUUUUUGUUGCCAUGUAAGUAAUAUGUGCAUGUACUGUAUGGGAAGAAAGUAGUAUGUGCAUGUAAUGUAUGGAAAGAAAGUAAUAUGUACAUGUAGUGUAUGGGAAGAAAUACUAUGUACAUGUACUGUAUGUAUAUGAAGAAAGUAAUACAGUAUGCACAUGUAGUGUAUGGGAAGAAAGUACUACCGUACAGUAUGCACAUGUAGUGUAUGGGAAGUAUGUAUGUUUGUGUUUGUGUUGAAAGUGAAUUCAUGUUAGUGGUGGUUUUAAAAAGAGUUUGGACAUUUUGUUUGCUUUGUUAGCAGUAGAAGCGGAGGAGUUUUCUAGCGUAGCACUGAAACACAGGUUUGUCUUUUAGUGACACAUUUGAGUAUGAUGAUGACUAUGAAAUACUGUACGUACAUGUCAGGAAGUCAUGAAGUAUGCUUCACGUCAUGUCAUUUUGUCAAAAGUGUCAAAUCCUUUUUCUUCUCUUUUUAUCCCCGUCACGUUUAGUUCUUUAAAGGGUUGCUUUUCCACAUCGUCUUGUGUUUUUGUAUGACUGUAACAUUUACUUUUAUUUUUCUAAACAUACAGUAUAUAUAUUUAUUUAUUAGGUUGGCCACACCUUCCAUUUGUGCGACAACACCUGAGUAGCUUCUUGCGGAAUGAUGACAUGAUGUGAUUUGAAAAAAAAAGAACCUCUUUGUUUUUUAUCAUGUUUGUUGUAAAUAUUAACAUGUGUGGAAAAAAAGUUGAAGAUUAAAGCUCACAAAUUGCCCGUC